CUUUGUUCUAAUCCAAUUGCUCAUUAAUUGUGCCCAACAAAAAUUGGAUAUACAUAUCCAUACAUCAUAUCCAUAUUAUAUAUAUACGUAACAUAUGAUAACUCUUGAUCAUUUCAAGACACUAAUUAAAGAAGAAGAUAUAUUACAUAUUUAUUAUUUCUUAGCAUCUUUAGACAAAAUCUUAAUAAGUUAUGGCUGGGCACCUGCAAGCAACUCAGUCUACAGUUGCCAAAGUAGAAUCUGAGGCAACAUGGGUUAUGCUCAUGUCACAAGCCCAAAAUCGAGGCUGUCCUGUGGUAGUGCACUUUACGGCUUCUUGGUGCAUGCCAUCAGUAGCCAUGGGACCAGUUUUUCAAGAAUUGGCCUCAGCCCACCAGAAUAUCAUGUUUCUAGUGGUGGAUGUUGACGAGAUUAAGGAGGUGGCAACAAAGAUGGAGGUUAAGGCCAUGCCCACUUUUGUGCUGAUGAAGAAUGGAGCCGUGGUGGAUAAAGUUGUUGGUGCUAAUCCUGAUGAAAUAAAGAAGAGGGUUGCUGGACUAGUUAUUGAUUAAGUAUCUUGUCUUGUAUUUAUUUCUAAUUCAAGUGUCCCUUUUUAUUUCAAGAAAAUGUUUGAACUGUCUCGUUGUAAUAUUUUUUUUAAAAGUAUUUUUUUUAGAAAGAAAAAAAAAAUCUCCAUAUAUUUUCUUAAUCAAAAGGAAUGAUUGGGUUUGCAGAUGGCGAAUGCAACUAGGAAUGAAAAAAAAAAAAAG